AACUUUAUAAUAUUCGCAUUUUUCGAGGGAAAAUUUUGUUUAUUGAUCAAAGUUACAAACAUUUUCACCCGUACAACCAUAUAAGUAUUUAUAUUGUACGAAGUGUUAAGUAUUCUCAGCAUGAAAACAAAAUAUUAGAGUGAGCACGUAUCGCGCAUACACCCGUAUGUGAAAAAGUCAACGUACGGCUGAAAAAUGUCUGAGUUUUUGGGUUGUACAGUUUCUGUGAAGUGCAUCGAUGAUCUUGGAACGUAUCAAGGCAAAAUCAUUGAUCUGAACAAGAAUAGUCUGACACUGGCGAAAGCAUUUUGCAACGGCAUACCACAUACCUCCUCCAUUGUUAACUUGAGUGGGAAAGAUAUACAAAACGUGGAGAUUAUAUCAACCGAUGAUGCAAGAGCUAACAUAAAUGACAUCCAGUCGCAAAGUAAAGUAAUCGUAAAAAAGCCAAUCGCGAAGAAGGCUGGGCGAUCAAUAUCGGAGUGCGUCUCCAUAUCCACGGCUCAAGCGGGAACUUCUCAGAUACAGACGCACUUUAAGAGGCCUGUAGAACCUACCCAGCAGCAAUUGGAGCAGCAAACUCCAAAUGGAAAAAUUGCUUCGGUUGAAAAUAGCGCGUCCAACAAUAAAUCCAUUCCGAAGAGACUGACUCACAGGCAGAGAACACUGGAGCAAAAGGAGAGGGAUGAGCAUACCUUCGGCACCCCCAUUGAUCAGUCUUUGCAGCAAGACUUUGAUUUCGAGAAGAACUUGGCAUUGUUUGACAAACAGGCCGUGUGGCAAGAGAUAAACUCAUUAAAGCCGGAUAUCGUUCGACAGUCGGAGAACAAUCGGGGGACCACUGCUAUUUACCGACCCGAUGAGAACAUUCUCGUAUCCGAACCUACGGCGCUCAGACAGAUCGUGGUGCCUUGUCCGGGUGAAAAAGAAUACGUCACGGAUAAUGGUUUGGUGAUUCCUAGCAUCACUCUUAAUCUUCAUCGGCAAUUGAUAGGCACGGCAGAUAGAUUGGGUUUGAGUUGGGAACGCAGGGUUGAACUUCUCGGUCGUGCCGGCGCCGAACUCAUCCUGCAACUGCUGGGCGGAAGUCACCGAUUGGAUCCGAAUAACGCGCAUCAGUGGCCAACCGUGGUCGCGCUGUGCGGUCCGCAUCGUUCCGGUGCCGCGGGCAUCAAUUGUGCCCGGCAGUUGUCCAGCCACGGCAUCAAGACAAUCGUGUUCGUGGAGAACGCCGAGGACGUGUUCCUCCUGCAGGAGCUGUCGCUGUACAGGCUGACGGAGAACAAAGUAGAGACUAAGGUCAAGAAUUUGCCGUCGCUGGUGGACAUGAUAGUCGUGGCGCUCUGCGAUGAGGACUCGCCGCGAAUGAUCACGCCGAUAGCCAGGUGGGCGAACACCAAUCGGGCACCCGUUCUCGCUAUCGAGCCGCCGGCCACCGGUACACCGGGUAUUCUGAGCAGAUUCAGUCUAGUGGGUGCCCUACCAUUGUCACACAGUGUCGACAACGGCAGAUUGUACCUGUGCAAUCUCGCGUUGCCGAACAGGGUGUACUCCGACAUCGGAAUCACGUACAGAUCGCCGUUCGGAUCUAAAAGCGUAAUCGCGCUACAUUCCAAUAACUCUUAGCAGAUGUUUACGUGUCGCGUCGUGUCUUUCUGAAUUAAUUUUAUUUUAAAAUCACGCGUGUAAUUUGUAAGCCUUGUACACACGGAAAUAUUUCAUUUCCGGAGCACGGAUCGAGUGAUGAACAAGUUACGUAAUUUUGGCGUUUGAUAUCAACUUUUAGAGCGUCGUCGAUUAUUAUAAUUUUCACAUUAUUAUUGUAAGAAUGGAUAGAGUAACGCGUACCGUUCUCCUGUAGCUAAAUUGUGUUUUGAUUACGUGGAGAGGCACGUUAGAAAUAACGAAAGGAUAUCUCGUCGAAGCUACGAAAAAUCAGUGUGCUUCAUUAGCGUCAGAUAUACAAAAUAAACUUUCUACUGCUUUAAAUAUAUAGUAAGUAGUCAAUGAAGAGUAGAAAUUACUUCCUUACAGAUACAGUUCCAUGUCGCGGCGAUCUCUCGCGUUGAUAUAUAUUUGAUAUAUUUAAAUAAAAACCUACACCGCUCUAUAUUAGCUCGUACCAUUCAAACAUAGUAAAAAUUAAAUCGCGAUAGAUUUUCGUAACUGUAUGGGAUUGCCUUCAUUUUCGUCGAGUAAUUUAAAUAAUAAGAAUUUUGUAAGUAUAUAUAUAUAUAUAUCUUAAAGCACUACAAGGUGUUGAUACACACAUGGCAUAAAAGCUUAUAAACUUGAAAAAUUGAUAGUAUCGAGGAGAAAAAUUGAAUAGAAGCUUACGUAUAGAAAAACAAAAUCUGUACAGUUUUUAAUAAUUUGUAACGUACUAUUUAUGUAAUCGUUAAGGAAUUUGCGAAACGCACGCGCGGUUAAUUAACAUACAUUUUUAAUACACAAUUCAUUAAAUUUAGUGACGAAAGUUUUAUCCCUUCACGCACAUCCGCAGUUUUGUUCUCCAGUAAGCUCCUACUAUGUUCUCAGCAUCACCUGUGUUCCAGCGCAGCGGUCGUAAUAACGAUACAAAAGUAUAGUGAAACUAUUACAACACUAUACGAGUCAUCUAAAGCGUUAUAUCUAUACUGCAUUGUGUUCCUUUUGUAUUGUUCUUUUCUUUUUUUUUCAAAUAACAGUUUAGCGAAAUAUGAUAUGUAUUUCCGACGAUCAUACAUUUAUAUAAUUGUACUUUUAGAAACUUGCGUAACACAACGUUUUCUUGCACACUUAAUAUUAUGAAUGAAAUCGAUACAUUAAAUAAUUCUAUAAUUGGUGUUCAUUUCUAAAUGCUGUGCGCACAUCGUUGCAUUUUAAGCGACUUAUUUUAAAAUAUACAUAAAAAUGAUCAAGUAAAAUAGAGUUAUUGAUAUUUAUUAAAAUUAACAAUUGAUAAUUAUGCUCUUGACUUGAUAAUUAGCUAGCGCCAAUAUAAUAAUUGCAAGUGUUUAAAUAAAUUAGUAAUAAUAAAAGGAAUGUCUAACUCAUAGUUAUUCGCAGACGUUAAAUUUUAUGGUCUAUACGAACUAAACAUGCAAAAGAAGAUAUAAUACAUAUCCAUUUUCAUGAAACGUUGUCAAUGUUUCCCUUGAUUAUUUAAAUUUAUAGCAAAUGCUAAUUACAAAAAUUUAUGCAUACGA